CCUACUUUGUUGAGAGAGAGGAUGCAUAUGUAUGUAUUAUCGCUUAGUUUAUUUUUCAUUCUAUAUAAAAAAACAUCCAGCGAAAGAGAUCGAGCUUAAAAAAUAACAGUGAUGAAUUUCUUCACGAAAGCGAUAUCAGCCCAAUUCCUGCACGCAUCUUCAUCGUCAAUCCCAUCAACGAAACGCGUUCUCUUUCAAACCCUCGUAUCCCUCCAACAAUCUUCUUUCUUUACCUCGCAAUCGAGGAAACCGAGAGUGACAAAGCCUAAAGAGCCCUCGAGGAAUUUGCCCAAUACCCCGAAAUCUGAUAAUGAAUCGGUGUCCACACUUUGCCCCGAGCGUCCAUCUGAGAUUCCCUUCCACUCAAAUGUGGCAAAUUCCGUGGAUCUGAUCGGAUUUGUUGACUGUCCUGUUCAGUUUGAGGUUUUGCCUCAGGGCAGGUAUGUGGCUAAGACUGUUGUUACAUUUUCUACACUUGAAAGCCGUGAUCUGGAUGGUUUUGUUGCUAUCUCACUGGUUUCAGUUCCCUCUGUGGCGAUUCCGGUUGUUUUUCAAGGCGAUUUAGCAGUUAUGGUGAAAUGUAAUGUGAAGCAAAAUGACUGUCUUUAUGUCUCUGGACAGUUGAGUGGAGAUCACAUGUCUUUCAUGACACAAAGAAAUCAAAUGAAUGUUCAUCUCCUUGUCCAAACUAUGAACUUUGUUGGAAAUUUGAAGAGGAAGAAACCUGUUGGAAACAAGAAACUUAUUCCAGAGAUUUCAGAAUUAGAAAGUAAUAAUAUAGAUGAUUUCUUUGAUGAGGUGGAGGAGAAAAAGGGUACUCCCAAGAAAGGGGUAAAAUCUUUUCAAAGGAAGGCUUUGAGAGUUAAAGAAUUCCAGGAAUGGAAGAACCUCAUCCGUAACCCAAAUGAAUGGAUUGACUUUCGCGAAAGCAAGGCUAAGGGAAUUUUGAACCCGAGACACCCAGAUUUCAAGCAUGUUCAAACACAUGUUGCGCUUUGGAUAGCCAGUGCACCAGAAUGGGUGCUACCAGGACUUGAAGGUCUGGAGUUCAACAAGGAUUCUCCUGUUGUUACUCUGGAGAAGACAAAGAAGGGUAAGAAGGAAAAGGAGAUUGGAGCAGGAGAGGAGGAGUGUUGGAAGAGUUUGUGUAAGAAUCCUUGGGAAUGGUGGGACAACAGAUCAAACAAGAAAUAUAAAAGCGCGGCAGAUUUUAGACAUAAAGAUUCUGGUAAACAACUGUAUGUGAAUAGAGCGCCAGAGUGGGCAUUGGCCAAUUUGCCCACUCUGUCUAUGAAAGGUGGUAAAAUUGCCUCCGCUGGUAAAGUGGCAACCAUUUGAGACGAUGAGGUUAGAAUAGAACUUAGAAAUCUUGUCCCCUUUUUUCUUGCAUAUACGAGUUCCCUUCAAGCAUGUACUUGAGUCCAGCUAUAAUGGUUUACCAAAUAUAGUUUGUUUUUUCGGGUGGUUCUCUGACAGUUUUCUUAUUGUUUUGGUAAAAACUUGUUCAAGUCUCCCUUUUACACCCGAUGCUGUCUG